CUCCCUCGCUCUUCCCCGAUUGUGUAGGGGCUGCCAUUGACCCGGCGUCGCAGCAAAACUGAAGUCGCCGAGUGAUGAUGUUGUGAAGUCUCCUGGCCGUCUCUGCCACGCCCGAGCGGUUACUGGCCGCGGCGGCCGCUUCGGCUGCUGCUCCCAAGCUGCCGCUGCGUUAGAGGCUGCUUGUUGGCGAGCGCGGGCGGAGGACGAAGGACGCUUGACUAUUCCGGUCAUGACUGUUCCAGGGUUUGAUGAUCACAUGAGAGCAUUCAUUGCUGCAGAUGUCAUUUGACUCAUCAAGAAAAAUCUGCUUCAAAGAAAAUAUUCAUACAACCAGAUCCAUUUCUUUUUUUAAUGGCUUGAUGGAUUUCCUUUAUUCUGAUUCAUACCAAAGCUCUCCUUCUCAACCAAAGCAAGAAAGGAUCCUGCAUGAGUCAACCCCAGAAUGCCAUUUUUACAUCACCAACAGGUGAAGAAACCCUCAUGAAUAGCAACCACAGAGACUCAGAGAGCAUCACUGAUGUUUGCUCCAAUGAGGAUCUCCCUGAAGUUGAACUGGUGAGUCUGCUAGAAGAGCAGCUACCCCAGUAUAAGCUGAGAGUAGACUCUCUCUUUAUAUAUGAAAAUCAAGACUGGACUCAGUCCCCACGCCAGCAGCAACAUGCAUCUGAUACCCUCUCUCCAGUCCUUGCCGAAGAAACCUUUCGUUAUAUGAUUCUAGGCACAGACAGGGUGGAGCAGAUGACCAAAACUUACAAUGACAUCGACAUGGUUACACAUCUCCUUGCAGAGAGGGAUCGGGAUCUGGAGCUAGCUGCUCGAAUUGGACAAGCACUCUUAAAGCGGAACCAUGUCUUGUCUGAGCAGAAUGAGGCCCUGGAGGAGCAAUUGGGACAAGCCUUUGAUCAAGUUAAUCAACUGCAGCAUGAACUAUCCAAGAAAGAUGAGUUACUUCGAAUUGUCUCCAUUGCUUCAGAAGAAAGUGAAACUGAUUCCAGCUGUUCUACCCCUCUUCGGUUCAAUGAAUCCUUCAGUUUAUCUCAAGGUUUGCUGCAGUUGGACAUGCUGCAAGAAAAGCUCAAGGAACUGGAAGAAGAAAAUAUGGCUCUUCGAUCCAAGGCUUGUCACAUAAAGACUGAAACUAUUACCUAUGAAGAGAAGGAACAACAACUUGUCCAUGACUGUGUUAAGGAACUCCGUGAAACGAAUGCGCAGAUGUCCAAAAUGACUGAAGAAUUGUCCGGGAAGAGUGAUGAACUGAUUCGAUACCAGGAAGAGAUUUCCUCUCUCCUGUCUCAGAUUGUAGAUCUUCAACACAAACUUAAAGAACAUGUGAUUGAGAAAGAAGAACUGAGGCUUCACCUACAAGCUUCCAAAGAUGCCCAAAGACAACUAACAAUGGAACUGCAUGAGUUACAAGACAGGAAUAUGGAGUGUCUGGGAAUGUUACAUGAAUCCCAAGAAGAAAUAAAGGAACUUCGUAGUAGAUCUGGCCCAGCUGCUCAUCUUUACUUCUCCCAGUCUGGGGAAUCUCUGGCAGCUGAAAUUGAGGGGACCAUGCGUAAAGAGUUGAGUUUGGAUGAGGAAUCUUCAUUCUUUAAGCAAAAAGCCCAGCAGAAACGGGUAUUUGAUACUGUCAAGGUCGCCAAUGAUACACGGGGCCGCUCUGUCGUGUUCCCAGCUCUGCUACCCAUUCCAGGUUCCAACCGUUCAAGUGUCAUCAUGACAGCCAAACCUUUUAAGUCUGAGUUAGAACAAGCAGAGGACAAAACACUUCUGAAUCCAGGGAGCAGCUCAGAGGAGGUUCCAGGGAAUACUCAGAAGUUGGAUCAGCCAGGACCCUGUGGAGAUAGUGAUUUGGCUACAGCACUGCAUCGCCUUAGUUUGCGGCGACAGAACUACUUAAGUGAGAAACAGUUCUUUGCUGAAGAAUGGGAGCGCAAGAUCCAAGUUCUGGCUAACCAGAAAGAUGGGGUUGGUGAUGGUAGCACCCCUCCAGGGAGCCUUGCCUCUCUCUGCACCGAUCAGUCGGAGAUCACAGACCUCAGCAGUGCUAGUUGCCUUCGAGGUUUUAUGCCUGAAAAAUUGCAAAUUGUCAAGCCCCUUGAAGGUUCACAGACUCUGCACCACUGGCAGCAGCUUGCUCAACCUCAUUUAGGAACCAUUCUUGAUCCACGACCCGGUGUCAUCACAAAAGGCUUCACCCAGUUGCCCAAAGAUGCCAUUUAUCACCUCUCAGAUUUAGAAGAGGAUGAUGAGGAAGGUAUCACUUUUCAGGUUCAAAAGCCUCUUGAAGUGGAACAGAAACCACCUAAGCCAGUGACAGGAAUCUUCCUACCACCCAUGACUUCAGCAGGUGGGCCAGUAACAGUUGCAACCUCAAACCCAGGAAAGUGUCUGUCAUGCACAAACUCGACAUUCACCUUCACCACCUGUAGGAUAUUACAUCCUUCCGAUAUCACUCAGGUUACCCCCAGCUCUGGGUUUCCUUCAUUAUCCUGUGGAAGUAGUGGUAGCAGUUCAUCAAACACAGCGGUGAAUUCUCCUGCCAUGUCCUAUAGACUCAGCAUCGGCGAAUCCAUCACCAACCGACGAGAUUCCACCAUAACCUUCAGCAGCACUAUGAGCUUGGCCAGACUUCUGCAAGAGCGAGGCAUCUCUGCUAAAGUGUACCACAGCCCGGUUUCAGAGACCCCCCUGCUACAGCCUUUCCCUAAAUCCCUAGCUAUCCCUUCCACACCACCAAAUUCACCAUCUCACUCACCUUGCCCCUCUCCUUUGCCCUUUGAGCCUCGAGUACAUACAUCUGAAAAUUUUUUGGCCUCUCGACCAGCUGAAACAUUCCUCCAGGAGAUGUAUGGCUUAAGGCCUUCCCGGGCCCCUCCUGAUGUUGGCCAGUUAAAGAUGAACUUGGUGGAGAGACUGAAGAGACUGGGGAUAGCUAGAGCGAUCAAGACUCCUGAUGCCCAGGAAAAUGGAAGAAGCCAAGAGGCAGAAAUUGGUCUUCGAAGACCAGACUCUGCUGUUUAUUUAAAUUCAGGUAGCAAUUUAUUGAGUGGACUGAGGAGGAAUCAGAGUCUUCCAGUAAUGAUGGGUAGCUUUAACACCCCAGUUUGCACUUCCUCCCCCAAAAUGGAUAUCCUGAAGGAGGACUGAGGUUCAGCUCAGGUUCAGUUCCCUGACCUCUUGUACCAGUUGGCACAUGAAGGCUAGCUUUGCACCACUACAGGUAGUCUGGUCUGAUGGAGAGAACAGGGAUGUCGCAGAAGGGCCGUGAACGUGGGGAGGGGAAGGUGGAAGGACGGAAACAGAAUUGGGGUGACGUCUGGUAAUUUGAGAGAAACGGGUCAUGAGUGGUUAGUGGCAGAAAAGGAAAAAAAGUUUUAAUACACUCCUUCAGUUGGGUUUUCUUGUCUCAAAAUGAUUAGAAAAUAAAUUCAAUAAUACUGAAACAUCCCAGAAAUGCUGGACUUGCUGCACAUUGGCAUCCGGUAAACAUAAGCAGGGGGAACCCAAGGGAGGAGCUGGGGAGAGAAGGAACUGCUUUCACCGUUGCCUGUAGAAAGGUGUGCUGGAGGGUCGCUAGAGGAAGCUCAGUGUUACUGAGACCACCGUGAGGUGACAUUUAUGUUUGUCCUGUUCCUGUCUGAUUAAAUUUUGUGUCCAUCAAGUGGUAUGCUUACAGCAUUAGCAAACAAGGAGUUAACAUUACCUUUCUUAAGAGUAGAAUAGAAACUCCCUUUUUGCUAUUUUUAGGCCUUUAAACCACUGAGAACCCAAACACUACCCAUAUUCCUUUUGUACUUGUAAUUAAUAAACAUUCAUGCUUAAAAUUUGUAUUUUUAUACGACAUCCAAAAAAACAAACUUGGAUGGAAAAUGAUGGAAAUUUACUUUAAAAAAGAAAAUAUGAGUAAUUGGAACCAAGGAAACUUGUUUUCAGAAUAUUUCUUCUGGGAUAAGUGCAGUGGCCAAGGAGUAUGAAAGUAAUUGCAUUCAAAUUUCCUUGGAGGCUGGAAGACAAAACCAGCCAAUCAGAAAGUGCAAUGAAUAGGAAUUAGGGAAUAUUGUAUUUAUGUGUGUGAACUUAUUGUAAGGAUAGUUGGUUACAACUAAGCUUUUCUCUAUGUGUGCUAUGCAUAUUUUUAAUGAAAGAUACAUGUAUUUGCACAAAUUUCUCAGGCACAUUAAAUUAUUAUAAGCUAAAAUAAAACCCAGGUGCUUGCUUUGAGAUUGUGGGGUUUUUGUAAUGUAAAUUAAAACACGGCUGCCUUUUUUUUGAUAUGUGUAGUUUGAGAAUAACCUUUUUAAUGGAAGAGUUAAGCCGUUUUUCUUUUUCUCUGGGACUUUUUUUAAACAAAGUGAAACUUGGGGAUUAAGUUUCAGAGUUCAACUGUGUGACACAAGGCUGUGAAUUAGGAAGAAACAAAUCUGCUUUCUGAGUGUUGCUGAUCAAGGUCUGCUCUUCAUCAGGUGACGUGGUUUUACCAGGUAGGGCAGUGUAGAAAUGCCAUUAUCUGAAGAUAGGGGAGGGGCCUACUUACUAUUUUUGAAAAUAGGAUAUAUAUUAUUUGAUCCUUUUGGUGCUCACUUUGCAAACAUUUUGCUCCUUUGUUCUGACUUAACUGAAAGGCAGUUUUCUGAACUCUUCAUGAGAAUCUUGUUCCUCGGGUCUCCAUUGGUGCACCUGAUACCAGGCUAGAGGAGAGUCCAUCCUCUCUCCCUUUGGGGUGCCUCUCCUACAUGGAAAGCCAUGUGCUCUAAAGAUAGAAAAGCCAAUGUGCAUGCAAUGCUAAGAGAGUGAGUUUCAUGCUUUUUAGAACCUAAAUAAAACUUUUCUAAAUUUCUUAAAAACAGGAAGUACAAGUAUGCUCACCCCUUUAGUCAGUCAUGCUGGGGUUAGCAGGCCUUACACAUACAUGCUCUCAGAAAGGAUUCCAGCAGUUGCAUCCUGAAUGUAGUGGGCAUUAUCAGAAUCCCUGAUGUUAAAUUUCCAAACUAUCCCAAUUAAUUUUGAAAAAAAUACUGUCUGAGUUUCUACUUCAAAAAUUAUCGCUGGGGUGCUUAUUUUAGCCAAUUCUUAAAGUUUUUUAUUUUUCUCUAAGAAAGUAAUCUUCCUACUGCCACUUUCUAGGAAAUAACUAAAAGUAGGAAAAUGUAGGGCCAGAGAGUAGUAUAAAGUGCUGCAUUGCCAUAUUUAUGUGUUACACAAAUCGCUGGACAGUAAGCUAGACUUUUUGAGUGUUCUGUAUAAUUAGUGCACUUUUUUAUAAUCAAUGCUAAAAUUUAGAUCACUUUGGAGGCAAGGCAAAGGUGUAUUCACAGCCAAAUAAACAUGUCUCAUUAAAGAGAACCAGACAGGUUUUUGAAAAUUUGGUCAUUGACAUUACACCAGAAGCACAAUACUCAUAUGGUGGUGCGUGCUUGUCCCUGGAUGAAUCCUGGUUUGAAAUUGGGAUUUUCUGUUUUUUAAUUUUUCCACCUAAAAUCGUUUUGGGUACAGCCUGAGACUAUUAUAACAAAUUAAUGUGCAACGUGUGGUAAGGAGCCUAGCAAGCUCCUCCUCAAUCUGUCUGUUAAGCUUUAAUACUGUUCAUGUUUUCUUGUUCUCUGGAGUAUCGAUUGUGUGUACAGAAAACUCCAUCUUUUUUUUUUUCUUUUCUUUCAAAAAGGUUCUCGGUGAUUAUACCUCAGGUAUUUCUGAGUAUCCUUUCUGAGGAUUCUAUUCCCUAGUAGGAGCAAAACCUUCCCUGAGCUUAGAAUUAAAAGCUCUCAAUUAUGUCACCCAAAUUUUAUGUAAAUAGCCUUAGAUGUGGAUCUUCUGGGGAAAAGUUAAUGACCACUGUUGAAGUCAUUUAAAAAAAAAAAAGUUUUGUACUAUAUUUCCUUGAUUUGACACGGAUAGACUUUGGCUUAGAAAAGAAAUUAGAGGCAGCUCACAAGAGCCUAUUCUCUGUAUAGGGUGUAUUUUAUAAAGUAUUCAAAGCUUGUUAUUUUUUCUGAACAUUCUAGUACACAGUCAGUACUUAGUAAUUACUAACAUUGACUUUUGACAUCAGGAGCUAGAGCUUAGUGAUUAAUAGUCCACUCCUGUGAUGUCAGAUGCAUGCAGCCUUUUCUCCCAGCGCAACCCAAGGUGUCCACACUGAUUGGGUGCACUACAGAGCACGGCCACCUCGGUGUGGCAUCAAGUGCCCUCUGGACAGCUGGGAAGUACUGGUGUUUAAUAUCUGGGACUAGACCUUGUCGAACAGCUCUUUGUGCACCUAUCUCUGCUAAGUGUAAAUCAGAUAAUAAACAUUAGUAUCUUGUUACAUUUUCAUCUGUCUCCCUGUGUUUUUUGUCCCAGUUCUUUGCACAGAUAAUCCUUCAUUAAGUCUUCCCAUUAUGUUGUUUUUUUUGUACAGAAAAACAACUUGUAUUUUCCAAACCAACACUAAACAAACUAGCAAUAUCUUUAGUGAGCAGAUCUUACUGUAUUUUCUUAGAUUUUUAAA